UUCCGGACCAUCAUGUCGCUGCUCCGUGCUGCAAGAGCGUCCCAGCGUUCUCUGAUUCACUGUCGGUCCAUAUCCUCGUCAGCAAGACGGGCAGCUACUGCGAAGGGCUCCACGCUAUCAACUGGGUCGUCAAUACUACGACCACAAGCAUCAACUAGCAAACUUCCUCUGCUUACUCGUUCGAUGUUCAUCCAAACAGAAUCGACCCCCAAUUCCGACUCCGUCAAGUUCCUUCCUGGUGUGGACGUUAUGGGUCCCUCCGGCACUGCUGAAUUCCUCGACACCCGUUCGGCACUGAGCUCCCCGCUGGCCAUCCGUCUGAUGGGCAUUGACGGCGUGACAGCCGUCUUCUACGGGCCCGACUUUGUCACGGUCUCUAAAGACUCUGAAAACACAUGGAGUGUAAUCAAGCCCGAAAUAUACGCCCUUCUCAUGGAGCACUUCUCCUCUGGGCAGGCGUUAUUCAGAAGCGAAGAGGACAGGGCAAACGCGGGCCCACAAGACACGAGGAUAUUAGACACCGACUCGGAAACGGUGGCAAUGAUCAAGGAGCUGCUCGAGACGCGCGUCAGACCAGCAAUCAUGGAGGAUGGCGGGGAUAUUGAGUACCGCGGCUUUGACCAGGAGGGAGAUGCGUUGGUCAAGGUCAAACUGAAGGGCAGCUGCAGAGGGUGCGAUUCCAGCACGGUCACGCUCAAGUCGGGUAUUGAAAGGAUGCUGAUGCAUUAUAUUCCGGAGGUAAAGGGCGUCGAGCAGGUGCUAGACCAGGAGGAGGAGAUUGCGCUGAGCGAGUUUGACAAGCUCGAACAACGGUUGAAGACUAAGAAGCCGUCGAUGGCGCAGUACAUGUCUGUAUAG